GAGCAGAGCAGAGGGGUACAAUCACCUCCUUUGACGUGCUCCCCACAGGGCCUGGAGGAAGGCAUCUCCCAGAUCACCUCCACGAGCGACGUCUCCCCCACCACCCUCGUCUGGAACUUCCCCAUCGACAUCACCUUCAAGAGCACCAACCCGUCAGGCUGGCCACAGAUCGUCGUGAGUGUCUACGGGCUCGACUUCUUUGGCCAUGACGUGGUCAGGGGUUAUGGAGCUGUUCACGUCCCCUUCACCCCCGGAAGGCAUACAAGAACCAUCCCUAUGUUUGUUCCAGAGUCCACAUCCAGGCUGCAGCAGUUUACAAGUUGGUUCACAGGGAGACGUCCGGAAUUUACUGACCCCAGAGUGGUAGCACAGGGAGAAGGAAGAGAAGUGACCAGGGUGCGCUCUCAAGGCUUUGUGACCAUCUCCUUCAAUGUAGUGACCAAGGACAUGCAGAAGUUGGGCUACAGCGUGAGCCCGAGCGACAUGCAGGACCCUUCCCUGGGGCCCCUGACAGAAGGGAUUCAUAUGUUCUGA